AAAAACUGGCUGUGUUUUGUUUAAUUUUAUUGUGCUGGAAGAGGAGGAGAAAAUUUCAAUUUUAAAUUAAUAUGGUGUUUUUAUUGUUUAUUCGUCGAAUAUUUUUACCAAAGAAAUUUUAUCUUUUAUUUUUCUUCCCUUUUCUUGUUGGAUUUUUAUUUGGCACUUUAUUGUUAUCUUUAAAUCAACAACAAUAUUCUCGCAGCUUAACACGUUUAAAUUAUUUUUCACUUCAAAAACAACAAAAUAAUUUUAAUAACAAGAAAUUAAUUUUGGUUGGUGUAAUGACAGCAAAACAAUUUCUCGAAACUCGUGCCUUACAAAUAUGGCAAACUUGGGCUAGAAAUAUUCCUGGUGAAGUUAUUUUCUUUGUUUCCGAAAGAACAGAAUUGAGCUCUAAAAUUAAAAAUUCUGGAAUGAAAAUUAUUUCUUUGCGUGGUGUUGAUGAUUCUUAUCCGCCUCAAAAGAAAUCAUUUGCGAUGCUGAGGUGGAUGUAUGAUAAUCGCUACUCAGAUUUUAAUUGGUUUUUAAGAGCUGACGAUGAUCUCUAUAUUAGAAGCGAAAAAUUAGCAAAGUUUUUAAUUAUUAAUUUUUCAAUUCUUUUUUUUCAUAGUUUCCUUCAUUUAUUAGACCCUUCCAAGGUUCUUUUACUUGGCCAAGCAGGUCUGGGUAAUGUUGAAGAAUAUGGGCAACUUUCACUUGGCACAAAUGAUAAUUAUUGUAUGGGAGGGCCGGGGGUUAUAUUAUCGAAGGAAACACUCAGGCAAUUAGCCCCUUAUUUGGAGCAAUGUUUAAAUUCUUUGUUAACAACACAUGAGGAUGUUGAAUUGGGAAGGUGUAUUAGAAGACAUGUUGGCCUAGCGUGUCCAUGGAAUUACGAAAUGCAAACUUUAUUUCACAACAAUGCAUCAAUUGCUAAUUUAUUUACUAAUCAUUUAUCAGCUUCCAUUAAUUCACAUGCUUUACGUCAUUUAUUUACUCUACAUCCCGUCAAAAAUCCAAUAGCAAUGAGAUAUAUUCAUUUAAGGGUUGAAAUGAUUAAACUUUCAGAAUUACGUCAAAAAAGAAUGGAAUUAAUGGAACAAAUAGAGGAAAUUAAGGGGAAAAGUAAAAAGAUUGCAGAUCAACAACCACUAAUUUUAAAUUCUGAAUAUUCAGGUGCUUCUUCAAAUCACAACGCUCUUUUCUCUGGACUAAUUCCAAAAGUGCCAAAUUCCCCAGAGAAUGUUCCUAUUUGGGAAUUUAUUUCUUCUGACACAAAACUUUUAUAUUGUAUUAACAAACCAAAUUGCCCUAAACAUACAAUAGAAGCUGAAUUGAGAAGACAAAUUUCUGAUAUUUUAAUUAAAAUUUUUGAUGAAUUUAAUUCAAAUGCACUCCAAAAAGGAAGGACUUUGCAUUUUCAACGAGUUCAGUACGGCUAUUUGAGAAUACAGCCGACAUUUGGUGUUGACUUUGUUCUCGAUAUUGCUUUACGUUAUCACCGAUUACGAGGCCCUUUACACUCCCGCGCUCCUUUAACAGUCCGCCGACAUGCUUAUGUUCAACAACGUUUUGGUCAACUUCAAUCUCGCUCACUAAUAGUUAAAAGAAAAAGGAAAAUAGAAGAAAACCAAUUAAUUAAUAUUUUAAUUGCUUUAAAAGGAAGAGCUGAAGUUUUUGAUAGAUUUGCAAAUAAUUUAAUAAAAAUAGCAAAUGGAAGAGGGGAAAAUAGUGAUAUUAGACUUGUUUUAAUCCUUUAUAGAGGUGCUGCCCUUUCUGCUGGAAUUGCUCUUUUACCUCCAAAUGCUUUGUUAUUACUUGCAGAUGUUGAUAUUUUAAUUGGGGAAGGGGCAUUAGAACGUAUUCGAUUGAAUACUGUUUUGGGUAAACAGGUAGUUGAGAAAGAAAUUCUGAUAUAUUAUUCCCAAAACUCUCCUUCUUUUCAGGUCUAUUUCCCUAUUGUCUUCAGCGAAUAUUCUCCAACUACUUGGAAAUUAAAUACCGAGGAUUUUUAUUCCCAACAACGUGGUUAUUUUCGUCAUUUUGGUUAUGGAAUUGUUUCUUUAUAUAAAAAAGAUUUUGAUUUAAUUGGAGGAUUUAAUCAAACAAUUAAAGGAUGGGGACUUGAAGAUGUUGACUUUUUUGAGAAAGUAAUUAAAAGUGGAAAUAUAAUCCCUUUUAGAUCUAUAGAUAAUGAUUUAAUUCAUAUUUUCCAUUCAAUUGAUUGUAAUAAAAAUAAUAAAUAUCAAAAUAAAGCACAAAAGGAAGCUUGUGAAGGAACUAGAGCACAAGGAAUUGCUUCUUUGGAUUUUUUAGCCGAACAAUUUGGUCCAAAUUUAUGA